CGCAUAGAGACAACUCUGCGCGAGGUCGCCUGCUCUCAUUCGCUCUCGCGCGCAAACAGCACUUGGCACACUUUGCACAGUGACGCCAAAAAGUAUGUGCUUGCAAAAAGCACAUGUGCUGUGCUGCAGUUGUGCAAAAGAAGAGUUCACAGUCGUCUAACCAAUUAUCAAAUUGAACUUCACGGUCGUUAUUUCAAAAUCUGAAUCUUAAUUUCAUUAAAAUGGGGAAUCACAAUAGCUUGUCAAGCUUUAGAGGCUAAUUGGCGCCCCAGACUGGUCACACUGUUCGCUUGCGCAGACUUGUGGACGCCACUGUUUUCCCAUGCGCGCUCGCACUUUCUUUCAGUUUUUCAGUUGCUACUCCGCUCUCACUCAGUCCACGAGCACUCACACACACGCACGCACACACAUACACCCGCGCUCACCUGUUCCGCCUGCCCGCCACCCCCUCUCUCGACCUUACUGCGAACGCUCCCGUUCCGUUUCGUUAUUUUUUUUUAUUCGUUGCCAUUCAGUUGCCGUUUUAACUUCGCCGCGCGAGAAGCGGAAUCUUUUGCCCGUCCGCUCGAGGAAAAUCGGAAAACACUGCAUUGCCGCUGCAGUGGUGCAGCUCGUACAUUUCGUUUCGUUUGGCGCCAAAUUUCGAAUCGCAAAUCCGCUGGCGGAUUUUAGCAUUGCACCAAAGUUGAUCUUGCAGCCCCUCCCCUGACAGUGCCACCACGCACAGCCGCCCAGCCCCCAACCCCCCUCACCCCCUCCGCUCGACGACUCCCAUGGCAGCUAGCAAAUUCCAUUGCGGCAAGCAAUCGACAGCCACACAUUCACAUUUCGAUGCGACAUGUGCGAAAAUCAGGGCCUUUUACUUUGACUUGGACAACACGUUAAUACCCACCCGAGCCGGCGAUUCCAAGGCGAUCAGAAAGCUCGCAGAAGUUCUGGAGACUCAGUACAAGUUUGGCAAGGAUGAAGCCACUCAGGCCACACAAAACUUUCUAAAGGCCUUCCGCCGUUGUCCGGACAACACGCAAACAUCACUGGACUCGUGGCGCACUCACCUGUGGCGCGAAUCCCUUCCAGCGCGCCACAAGCACCUGGCGGAGCAGAUCUACCCCAAGUGGCUGAGGCUGCGGUAUCGCUACCUAGCCGUGCCCGCGGACUAUGUCCAGCUGCUGCUGCGAAUGCGCCAAUCGGGCUACGUCCUGGCCCUCAUCACCAAUGGACCGUCGAACGCCCAGUGGGAGAAGGUGGCCGUGCUGAAUGUGCGCGGCUACUUCGACUGCGUGCUGGUCUCAUCGGAUCUGCCAUGGGAGAAACCGCAUCCGGAUAUCUUCUACACCGCCUGCAACUUUCUCAAUGUCAAGCCGCAGGAGUGCGUCAUGAUCGGUGACAAACUGGAGACCGACAUCAAGGGCGGCCACCUGGCCCAGCUGGGUCUCACCUUCUGGAUGCCACUGAGCAAUAGCAGCUCGGCAGCACAAUCGUUGGAGGGUGUGGAGUACAAGCCGCACGUCAAGCUGGGCAACUUGCUGGAGAUGUACAAGUACUUUCCGCGGCUCAACGCUGUCGCCCUGCCGGAGCUGCCCUCGACCUCCAGAAGAUGUGGCAGCCACAUUAGUCCCAGUGGCCAGGGCUCCGGUAGCGGCAGCAGUUCCAGCGUCAGUUGCGUGUCAAUUGCUGGUCAUGGAUACCAUCACCAUAACCAGCACCUGCAGCAGCAGCAGAGGCAGUGGCACUAUCGACGAGGCGUUUCACUGCCCGCCAUGGAUUGCUCCAAUAGCGAGGCAGAGAACAGCUGCGACAGUUUUCUGUAGGCAGAGCAGAGGAUCUAGGGGAUCGAUACGGAUCGAGAGAUUGUUGAAACAUUACAGGUACCUUCAGUUUACAAAACUAUAGCUAAAGAGGAUUGAGGAACGUAGAACGGGAGUAAUAUUCACGGAUGGACGAAGGACAGCCAGGAGAAUUGGAAACGAAUGCAGGAAUUUAAAGUUCAACUAUUAACGGGUGGAGCCCGGAAGCACGGUGAAUCUCGAUAUCUGCCAUUAGACUAAAAUUAAGGCUAGCAAACAGCAUCGGAGCACACAAACUACAAACUACAAACUACAGCAAACAAGUACAUGGAACAAAAAAAAACCAAAAAAAAUGUAAAAACCGAGGACAGGAAGCAGAGCAACCAAAUGUAUUUUUCUAAGCGAAUUUUCUGUCACAUAUUUUGUAAAUUGAUAUAACGCGCAACUGAAACUACGUCAAGGUGAACGUAAAACGCGACAAAAAAAAAGUAAUAAGAAAAAAGUGAAAACGAUACAGUAGAGCAGACAAAAACCACAGCACGAACCUCUUUCAGACGUUGAUUAAAAAAAAAAGAGCAAAAAACCAACAAACUAACAAAGAGACGACACGAAUAACCGAAUCACCCACAAAUCUGUAGUUAAGCCAUUGGCGAUGGAUGUACGUGAAUGUUAACUAUUGUCUUAGUCGUAGCCUUUAGUCGGGUAUUGUAAUCGCGGCCUCUCGCAGCUGUGGGCCCACACUGUUGGCAAAUUGUUAUUUGCAACCACCUCCUCCUCCCCAUUUCCCCGCUCCACUCCACUCCACCCCAGCCACGCCCCAAUCCAGCCCACAAGCCCCAGGUUUUCAACACCCACGCGAAAAGCAUCGUUGAUGAUAUAUGUAUGUAGCUGGCUCAAAUGCCGGAGCACUGUUGAUCAUGGAAAUGGAAAAUAAAUGACACCCCAAAUUCAGCGGA